UCCCGACCACCAGGCGCGAGGCACGGCCAUGCCAAGCAGGGAGGUCCCUGUGCCACGACGUCUAUUUAAACCUCCUCCAGUCACAGCGAGGCACAAACCCUGGUGCCUUCCUGCUGAAAGCUCCACCUGAACAGAUCUCUCUGAAACCACUGCCCCAUCAUCGCCACCAUGUCUCUGGAGCAGGCCGCCAAGAUCGUCAGCGACGUCUUCUACAAGUACGCGGGCGAGGACGAUAAGAAGCAGACCCUCAGCCGGGACGAGCUCAAGAAGCUCCUGCAGGCCCACUGCAGCCACAAACCGGACUCCGUCACCAAGCUGGACAAACUCGUGAAGCGCCUGGACGACAACAAGGACAACCAGAUCGACAUCGUGGAGUUCGGGGCGCUCAUCGGUAUGAUGGCCAAGAAGGAGUGCUGAACCAGCCCGCGGGGACACGGGUUCGAGCGUUUCCACAGCGCCUCGCACAGACAGAGAGAGAGGUAGAGGGAGAGAGAGAGAGGAGGAGGGGAGAGCGCGCUGUGUCU